CUGCCAGCACGGGCAUGGGUGGGACUUUAGGGUCCGGGCCCGGCUCCAAGGGACACGGACACGGGUCAAAGUGGAGACCGCCCAUGGGCCGCUCUGCUUUGCAAGCCCGCCGCGUCCGGGGCUUCUACGAGGCCCAGAACGAGACCAUCGAGCGCAUGCUCAAGAGCGUGGAAGAGCAUGUCGCCGAGGCGCGCCAGGAGCAGGGAGAUGAUCACCUGAAGUUCCAGAUUGCAGUCUGGGGCUCGCUGGUCGCCAACGUCAUUCUGACGGUGCUCCAACUCUACGCAGCCAUUUCUUCGGGUUCGCUUUCGCUCUUCACCACCAUGGCGGACGCCAUCUUUGACCCGCUCAGCAACGUGACUUUGAUCCUGACCAACCGGGCCGUGAAACGGGUUGACCCUGCCCGUUUCCCUUCGGGCAAGGCCCGGCUCGAGACGGUUGGCAACAUCACCUUCUGCUUUAUCAUGACGGCCGUCUCAGUCGUGCUCAUUGCUUUCAGCGCGCAGGACCUGGCGAAGCACGACAAGGAGGCGGGUACCAAGGAUUUUCAUCUGCCCUCGGUUAUCGCCGUGUGCGUCGCCUUCGCCACCAAGUUCUCGCUCUUUCUGUAUACCUGGUCGCUGAAAGACAAGUACAGCCAGGUGCGCAUCCUCUGGCAGGAUCAUCGCAACGAUCUGCUCGUCAACGGCUUUGGUAUCCUCACCUCGGUCGGCGGCGCCAAGCUGGUGUGGUGGCUCGACCCGGCAGGCGCCAUUUUCUUGAGCGUGAUUAUCACGGCCAUCUGGCUGCGCACCGCCUUCACCGAGUUCCUGUUGUUGGUGGGCGUUACGGCCAGCGUGGAGAUCCAGCAACUGAUUACCUAUGUGUGCGUUACGCACUCGCCCUUAAUCAAGCAGAUCGAUACGGUGAGGGCAUACCACUCGGGCCCGAGGCUGAUUGCGGAGGUCGAUGUGGUCAUGGACCCGGAUGCAAGCCUGAUGGAGACGCAUGAUGUCGCGGAGGAGUUACAGAUGAAGCUGGAGAGCUUGCCGGAUGUGGAGAGGGCGUAUGUCCAUGUUGAUUACGAGACUACGCAUAAGCCGGAGCAUGCUUACAAAAAGGACUUGUAGGUGUUUGGUUUGGUCUUGUGUAUGAAGGUGAGCUUGGGCACCGCUGUUUGUUGUUCUAGUAAUGAAGAGCGUGACGAUGCUCACGUUGGGCUACUUUAACGAUCAUUGACAUAUAUGUUCUGAGAUGUAAUGGGUUAUCAUGUAUUACUGCUUGUCGAAUACCAUCUACUCACUUCUGAUACCU